AUCGUAAACAAAAAUUGCACAUUACUUUUAACAAAAUACGAUUUGUGCUGCUUAAUAAUAUGCAAACAGACAACAAACAGGACAAGGAGGAUGCGGAGGAGCCUACCAAAGUGGUUUUUAAGAAGUCGUCCCGCAAAAAUCUGCGCCAGCGCAAAAAUUCAGAUGAAGGCGACAAGGAGGAGCAGCUCACCCUCGACGAAAUCAAGGAGCGACAACGCUUACGACAGCGUCCCAAUGGCGUCAGCUUAGUAGGCCUGGCGCUCGGCAAGAAAGUGGCGCCGGAGGAAGAGCUGGCCAUCAAGGAUCCGUUCAAUGUGAAAAUUGGCGGACUGGUCAACAUGCAACAAAUGAAAUCCGGCAAAAUGAAGGAAGCCGAUGAUGCCUAUGAUGUGGGCAUCGGUACGCAAUUCUCGGCCGAAACCAAUAAACGUGACGAAGACGAGGAAAUGAUGAAAUAUAUCGAGCAGGAACUGCAAAAGCGCAAAGGCGGCGCUGCAGAUGAAAACGAGAAUGAUGAUAGCGAUGCCCAUAAAUAUCUUACACCCGAGGAUGCGGCACUGUACGCGCUGCCCGACCACUUGCGUCAGUCCUCAUCGCACAGAUCCGAAGAAAUGUUGUCGAAUCAAAUGCUAAAUGGCAUACCCGAAGUGGAUCUGGGCAUUCACGCCAAGAUUCACAACAUCGAGGCUACGGAGGAUGCCAAGCAAAAGCUGCUGCAGGAUGCCAAGAACAAAAAGGAUGGACCCUCGCAGUUUGUGCCCACCAACAUGGCAGUCAAUUUCAUGCAACACAAUCGCUUUAACAUCGAGGACAACAACGAGCAAAGGAGACGCAAGCGUGAGGAAAAAGAUGGCAACAACAAAUCGGCGCAGCAUCAAACGAACCCAAAUGGCGUUAAGCGCGCAACGGAUGAUUAUCAUUAUGACAAGUUUAGAAAACAGUUUCGCAGAUAUUAAAGCAAGAGUACAAAUUUUUAUAAAACGAA